AUGGUUGGAACUCGAUCUCAGCCGAAUAGGGUGGAAGAUGGUUCAUCGGUGGAAUUUUCUGAAGCGAAGACGGUGGACGAAGCUCCGAUGGUGCAGAUCCUUAACCGGACGGAAGCGUUAGAGUUGGCGAUCGCUGAACAUAAUAAGAAGAUAGAUCGGAACAUUACUGACAUGUUCGACAUGAUUAAGAUGAUCCCGAAACAGACGGUGUACAACAACGAUCAGAAAAAUAGUGGAAAGGGUCUGAUGGCCGUGUCAGCAACGCCAGGCUCAUCUGCAGGUUACUCUGAUCAACAAGGUGGUCGAUCUGCAGGAUAUGUUGAUCAACAACGAAGUGGUGGAUCUGGGUUAACUGGUCAAUAUCACGGUGUCGCUAGACUGGGUAAGGUUGAUUUCCCUCGUUUUGAUGGUGUAUGGGUUACUGAAUGGUUGGGUAAGGUAGAGGACUUUUUCUCUUUGGAUGGUACACCCUGUGAAUCUAAGGUGAGGAUGGCUUCGAUACAUUUUGACAGUCAUGUGGCUACAUGGCAUCACGCCUUGGUUCAAACACCUAUGGGAAGAAGUGUCUUGCGUGAUUGGGGUUCAUAUAAGCUUUUGCUAAAGGAAAGAUUUGAAAAUGUGAUGGAAGAUCCCAUUGCAGACCUCAAAAAUUUACAGGAAACUGAUGGGAUAGUUGAUUACCACCAGAAGUUUGAACUAAUUAAGACUAGAGUAUCACUCUCUGAGGAGUAUUUGGUGAGUGCUUACUUAGCAGGACUCAGGCUGGACACUCAGAUGCACAUACGCAUGUUUCAACCACAGUCUGUGCGGCAAUGUUUGGUGUUGGGACGUCUGUAUGAAAAAGCUCAUCCCCAACACAAGAGUAACACUGGAGGCGGUUAUAACUCUAAGCCACACUAUAAUGGUUCUGCUUCUAAGCAUCAGACGUCAUUUAAGAAGGAUAACUUAGUUGAAGCGUCUAAGCAAGGAUUUCAGGCACCUGCUAACAGAAAUUUUUUAUCUCAAGAAGAAAUGAGUGAUCGUAGGGCCAAGGGUUUGUGUUUCAUUUGUGACGAGAAGUAUACACCCGACCACUAUCUCAAACAUAAAAAAUCUCAGGUGUUUAUGAUAGAAGUAGAGGAAGAGGAUGAUGAGUAUGAAGCAGACGAGACUCAGGAGGAGAAGAAUGAAGAGAAAGACAACCCUCGAGUUUCUAUCAGUUCUGUAUCUGGUGUUUCGGACUACAUGACUAUGAAGGUUAAGGGAGUUCACAACAAGAAGGAUUUAGAGAAGUUGGGAGUCACUGUGCAAUCUGCAGGAGUAACCAGAGUGACAGUUGCAGAUGGCAGCAAAUUAGGGGUACAAGGACGUGUCUCACAGUUUCAAUGGUCGUUUCAGGGUACUCCAUUCAAGGAUGGCUUUAUGCUGAUACUGUUAGGGGGUUGUGACAUGGUGUUAGGAGCGCAAUGGCUAGCUCCCUUAGGAGAUAUCACCUGGAACUUACAAAAGUUAGAGAUGGGAUUUUGGUGGAAAAGACAGAAAAUGCUACUCCAUGGAAUCAAACAAGGGGCAAUACGAACGGUGAAAGCCACUAAGUUCAACAAAAAGCAAGACGAAGCGGUUCAGAUUUCCAUGAUUUGUGCUCAAGAAGUAGUUCAGCAGGAGGCUGUUAUGUUAUAUGCUGUCGAGAUAAGCCAACGGGAAAAUGCGAAUAACUCUGCAGUUUUAAAGUUGAAGAGCGAAUACUCCGACAUUUUUGAAGCACCUACUUCACUACCUCCUUUCAUAGAAGAACACAAUCACAAGAUUGUGCUUAAGUCUGGUUCUGAUCCAGUCAAUCAACGGCCUUACCGUUAUGCUACCUAUCAAAAGGACGAGAUUGAUAAAAUUGUUAGGGAGCUGCUCUUCGCAGGAACCAUUCGUGUUAGCUCGAGUCCAUUCUCUUCUCCUCUGGUGUUGGUUAAGAAAAAAGAUGGUAAUUGGCGACUUUGUGUGGAUUACAGAAGAUUGAAUGGCCUCACAAUUAAGAAUAGGUUAACUAUUCCUCUUAUUAAAGACUUGUUGGACGAGCUAGGUGGUUCCGCGGUAUUCUCUAAGAUCGACCUACGAGCUGGCUACCACCAAGUGCGAAUGGAACCUGAGGACAUCCACAAAACUGCUUUCAAGUCUCACAACAGGCAUUUUGAGUAUUUGGUGAUGCCUUUCGGCUUAACCAAUGCACCUGCGACUUUUCAAGGACUGAUGAAUGCAGUCUUGAAAGAGUUCUUACGCAAGUUUGUCCUCGUUUUCUUUGAUGAUAUAUUGGUCUACAGUUCCACUGUUGAGGAUCACAUAGUUCAUCUCAAGCAUGUCUUUCACACGAUGCGUCAACAUCAUUUGUUCGCUAAAGAAAGCAAAUGCGCGUUUGCAACAGACCGAGUUGAGUAUUUGGGGCAUUUUAUUGCUGUUGGUGGGGUAUCUACAAACCCUAAGGUCAACGCUGUUGCAGACUGGCCAACUCCUUCCAAUGUGAAGCAGUUGCACGGGUUUUUUGGUUUUGCGGGCUACUACAGACGCUUUGUCAAAAACUUUGGCACUAUAGCUCGGCCAUUAACAGUCCUUACCAAGAAAGACGCUUUCCUUUGGUCUCAAGAGGCUUCGGCUGCUUUCAAAAGUUUAAAGGAUGCGUUAUGUCAAGCUCCUGUGUUAGCAUUACCGUUAUUUGACAAACCAUUUGUGGUGGAAACGGAUGCUUGUACAACCGGAAUUGGAGCAGUAUUAAUGCAGGAGGAUCACCCCUUGGCGUUCAUCAAUCGUCACUUAAAAGGUAGACAACUAAACCUUUCUAUCUACAAGAAAGAGUUACUCGCUGUGGUAUUUGCUGUUCAAAAGUGGCGUCAUUACUUGUUACCAAAUCAUUUUGUGAUCAAGACGGAUCAACGAAGCUUGAAGUAUCUAUUGGAGCAAAGGUUGAACACUCCUAUUCAGCAACAAUAG